CUGGCUGCUGCUGCUGCUGCCGUUGCUUUUCGGGGGUUUUGUGUUUGUUGUUCUCUCUGUGAGGUGAGCAGCUACAGGUGUGACACUGUAGCCCUUCGUUUGAAGUCCACCAGACGAAGAGAGGAGGAGGAACGGAGGAGAAGACAGCUGUCCUCUGGUCAGGUCUUUUCUUCAAAACCAACACGAAUUCAGGCAUCAUGUCCACCCCGGUCUCCCCUUCCCCUUCCCUCUCGCCAUUGACACUGGCCUCCCCCACUUCUGCAACUUCCCCCGGUGCCUCCCCUCUGCCCUCGCCCCUCUCUCCCCCACCGAGGGUGCCGGUGUUUCAGAGGAAGGGAGCGCUCAAACACAAGAGGAUUGUCGAGGUGAAAGACCACCAGUUCACAGCGCGUUUCUUCAAACAGCCCACCUUCUGCAGCCACUGCACCGACUUCAUAUGGGGCAUUGGAAAACAAGGAUUCCAAUGUCAAGUUUGCAGCUUUGUGGUCCACAAAAGAUGUCACGAGUUUGUGACCUUCACUUGUCCCGGUUCUGUGACGGCCCCGACGCCCGAUGACCUGAAGAGCCGGCACACAUUUAAGAUCCACACGUACUCCAGUCCCACAUUCUGCGACCACUGCGGCUCGCUGCUGUACGGCCUCAUACAUCAGGGCAUGAAAUGUAACAGUUGUGACAUGAACGUCCAUCGGCGGUGCGAGACCAGCGUGCCCAGCCUCUGCGGCCAGGAUCACACCGAGAAGAGAGGAAGGAUCCACCUGACCAUCAGGGGGGAGAAGGAGGACGUCUACGUCACGGUGCGGGAGGCUCGUAACCUGAUGCCCAUGGACCCGAAUGGCUUGUCAGACCCGUACGUGAAACUCAAAUUGAUUCCCGACCCAAAGAGCCACAGCAAACAGAAGACUAAGACCAUCCGCUCCACGCUCAAUCCCGUCUGGAAUGAGAGCUUCACCUUCUCGGUGCGCGGCCAUCAGUGGGACCGGCGUCUGUCUGUGGAGGUCUGGGACUGGGACCGGACAUCUCGGAACGACUUCAUGGGAGCUCUGUCGUUCGGCGUGAGUGAGAUCUUCAGGCGUCCCAUCAGCGGCUGGUUCAAACUGCUGGCCCAAGACGAGGGAGAGUAUUACAACAUCCCCGUUCCAGACCCAGACCUGCAGGAGCCUCUGCCAGAUGCCACGACGCCCUCCCUGCCUCAGGCGCUGCCGGCCCCGCUGUCUGAACCCUUCCCCGUGGUCCUGUCCCCGAACCCGCUCCCACCCUGUCCGCCCAUGCACACCCCCGGCCCCUGCAAAGUCAGAGUGGGCUUGCACGACUUCAACUUCCUCAUGGUGCUGGGGAAAGGCAGCUUUGGCAAGGUGCUGCUGGCGGAGGAGCGAGGCAGCGAGCGUCUGUUUGCAGUCAAAGUGCUGAAGAAAGACGUCCUCUUCCAGGACGAGGACACGGAGAGCGCGCUGGUGGAGAGGAGGGUGCUCGCCCUCCCGUCCCGCCCGCACUUCCUCACAUCGCUCUACAGCGCUUUCCAGACUGAGGACCGGCUGUAUUAUGUGAUGGAAUAUGUAAAUGGCGGAGACCUGAUGUUUCACAUUCAGAUAGUCGGGAAGUUCAAAGAGGCUCACGCAGCGUUUUAUGCAGCAGAAAUAGCAGUGGGGCUCUUCUUCCUGCACAGCAAAGGCAUUAUCUACAGGGAUCUAAAGCUGGAUAAUGUGCUGCUCGACAGCGAGGGCCACAUAAAGAUUGCUGACUUCGGCAUGUGCAGGGAGGGGAUGUUCGAGGGCGACACCACGCGCACCUUCUGUGGCACCCCGGACUACAUCGCCCCGGAGAUUGUGGCAUAUCAGCCCUACAAUAAAGCAGUGGACUGGUGGUCCUAUGGAGUCCUGCUGUAUGAAAUGCUGGCAGGACAGCCGCCAUUUGAUGGUAUUGAUGAGGAGGAGCUGUUUCAGUCCAUCAUGGAGCAGAGCGUCUCGUACCCAAAGAGUUUAUCUCGCGAAGCUGUCGGUAUCUGCAAGGGACUCCUGACCAAGCACCCGGCCAAGCGGCUGGGCGGAGGCGAGGAGGCCGAGAGGGAGAUCAGAGAGCAUCCCUUCUUCCGCUGGAUCGACUGGGAUCGUCUGGAGCGGCUGGAGAUCCAGCCGCCCUUCAAACCCAGAACUGGUGGGAGGAAAGGCGAGAACUUCGACAAGUUCUUCACGGCGGCACCGUCGGCGCUCACUCCCUCCGACCCGGAAAUACUGGCAGCCAUCAACCAGGAAGACUUUGAGGGCUUCUCCUUCCUCAACCCAGAGUUUGCUCCAUCACCGCUCACCGCCGUUUGAAAACAUGUCCCCGGUUCACCCUGUUAUCCUUAUUCCAAUUGUAGUUUUAUAGCAGAGAGUUUUAUCAUGGGAACUAGCAAUGAGUGUCACACCUCUCAUAACCAAGUUCUGACGUUUACAU